AUGACCGACGUCGAUAUGUCGAGACGCAACAAAAAGCCUCGGUUAUUGCAUGAGAAUGAAAGGGCAAGGCUAGAAGAGUUCAUUGAUUCUAUUGGAUACUCGGCAAGAUACUCUGAUUCGGAAUACGAAUACCGACACGUACAGCUUCCUAAAGCGAUGCUGAAGGCCAUUCCGAGAGAUUAUUUUGAUGAAGCCAAGGGCACACUGAAGCUCCUGUGGGAAGAAGAGUGGAGAGGUUUGGGGAUCACUCAGAGUCUUGGAUGGGAGCAUUAUGAGGUGCAUGAACCUGAGCCACACAUUCUACUAUUCAAGUAA